CAACUGCGGAGGCACAUGUCGUGGCAUCAGAAUGCGCCUGAAUUGCGGGCACGGAAAAGGGCAGCCAGACGAGACAAGUAAAUUACUGCCUCUCGGUAUUCGCUUAACCAGAGAACUUAUUAGCCCAUUACUGAGGCUUUUCAAUCUUUCCAUAUCUCGCCGCAUCUGGAUUACUUCCCGUAUGAAGCAUUCGGGGUCAUGGCGCCCCAAGUUCCCGCUAUCCCUUCACAGGGACUGCAGUCUGCCGACCGCAGCUUUUUCCCGGACCUCAAUCCGCUGGAUCGGUUCCGCGUUGCCAUUGCUGAGGAACUUUCACGAAUCUCCCAUAUAGAUAAGAGCUUAGCACUCAGCGGCCUCGACCGGACCACGAAUUUGGAUAACGGUGAUUUGGUAUUGGUCGUUCCGCGCCUUCGCAUGAAGGGUGUUGCUCCUGCUGAGUUGGCCAAGAAGAUAGUCGCAGAGUUCGAAUCACACGAGGGCGCGAAAGUGAAAGCUCCCAUUGCCGACGGCAUCUCCAUCAAGUUCUUCUUCACCCCCACCGAACUUACAUCCACUCUUGUUCCGCUUAUUCUUCAGCAACAAGAAGCCUACGGCUUUAAUCCGAAUCUUGGCCUCCGAGACCCUCUGAAUCCAGAUUCAGGGCAAAAAACCGUGAUCGUUGAGUUCUCGAGCCCGAAUAUUGCCAAGAAAUUCCACGCUGGCCAUUUACGGAGCACGAUCAUCGGUGGCUUUUUGUCAAAUCUAUAUGAGCGUUCGGGUUAUAAAGUCGUUCGUAUGAACUACCUUGGCGACUGGGGUCGGCAAUAUGGCCUCCUGGCUUGUGGCUGGAAGCGCUACGGCGAUGAAGAUGCUUUUGCGAAGGACCCCAUUGGCCACCUAUUCGACAUCUAUGUCAAGAUCAGUGCCGAUUUCCAACCUGAAGAGGAUGAGUUCAAAGCUGCUGGCAAACGCGGGGAAGACACCUCUGAGCUGGAAUCAAGAGGACUUCUUGGUGAGGCGAAGGCCUACUUCAAACGGAUGGAAGAUGGUGACGAAGAGGCUCUGCAGCUGUGGCGGCGAUUUCGAGAUCUGAGUAUCGAGAGGUACAACGAGACGUACGCACGUCUGAACAUCCGUUUCACGGAUUACUCUGGAGAGUCCCAGGUAAAGCAGGAGACUAUGAAGAAGGCUGAAGAGAUCCUUAGGGAGCGUGGUGUUCUCGAGAGCGACGAGGGCGCAUCGAUUGUCGACUUCAAAAAGCACGGUGCAAAGAAGCUGGGCGUGGCUGUCGUCCGGAACCGAAACGGGACAUCGAAUUACCUUCUUCGGGAUGUCGGUGCUGCUAUUCAAAGAGAAGAUACAUAUCAUUUCGAUGAACUGCUCUAUGUUGUCAUGAGUGAGCAAGAGACACAUUUGAACCGCUUGUUCAAGAUUCUGGAUCUGAUGGGCGAGGGAUACGCCACACUGUCGAAAAGGAUGAAGCAUAUUACCUUUGGGAAGGUUAUGGGUAUGUCUACUCGAAAAGGAAACGUCAAGUUUUUAGACGACAUCCUUGCGGAUGUUGGUGACUUCAUGCACGAUGUCAUGCGUCGUAACGAGACGAAAUACAGCCAGGUGGAAGAUCCUACUCGAACAGCCGAACUUCUUGGUCUAUCUGCUAUCAUGGUUCAGGAUAUGUCCGGGAAGAGGAUUAACAACUACGAAUUCAGCCUCGAACGAAUGACUUCAUUCGAGGGAGAUACGGGACCGUAUCUUCAGUAUGCCCAUGCAAGAUUGAGCUCCAUCUUCCGCAAAGUGGACAUCACGCGCGACGAGAUGCUCGGCGCUGAUUUUUCCCUUCUCGCCCAAUCCCCUCAUGCCAUCAGUAUGCUCCGAGCCAUGGCCCGAUUUCCUGACAUGGUGCAUCAAGCACAAAAAACACUGGAGCCAACCACGAUCCUGAUGUACCUGUUCAAACUAACCCAUGAGCUAAGUUCGAGCUACGACCAUCUAAGGGUCGUGAAUCCUCCAGAAGGUCGUGCUGUCUCGAUUGCCCGAGCAGCAUUGUACCAGGCUGCUCGCCAGGUCCUUCACAACGGAAUGGUCCUUCUUGGACUAAGACCACUCGAUCGGAUGUGAUGGUUGCCAAUGACAGCGACAAAGUGAGCGUUAUACCUAUCUCUGGGUUACGCGGAGGCGAUGCCUGUCCGGUUGGCCGCUAGCGGAACGCUGGCCCAUAACCAAGGCCCAGUGUCAUAGACGAGAGAAAGGAGUGAGAAGAAAUUAGAGAAAACAAUCGGUACGCAGGAAAUCGAAGUAGACAAAGCUAUCAUAUAAGUCAAUGGCAUUCUGAGCAGUAGAUAAGAAUUCCAUAUUCUUUUCUAAAGAGUCGUACUAUGUCAAGGUCCUGCAAAAAUCGAACAAUUCAUAAAAAUUUGAAAUUUUUUAUAUGGGGGUUUUUUCAAUGAGCCGAUUUUAUUGCCAACUUAUCUCUCUAAGUGGUUUAUUUACCUGCUCUCUUAACCUGUCUCUUAACAUUAGAUAUUACCUUAGUACGGGUUGGCGUCCCCUCCCCGUCUGUUGAGUUCAGAACGCUUGUGGAGAAGUUGAGUAUUAUUUUAGCAUUGAAUCCCAAAAACCCUGCAGCAGUAUAGGUCUUAGCCAAACAUUACGAGCCCACCUUUCAUAGCAGAUUGAAGUUAGAGUCGCGCCUCAGGUAGAAUCCCAGAAGGAUCCGGGACCCAACGGCUCGGACUUGGAAGACCGAUUGAGCGAGACCGUCCCCUUUCUAACAUUCCCUACCCUUCUCAAGUUUGGCUUGAUAUUCA